AUGGUUAUGGUUGAUCCUCAAUCACCAAUCCAACCUCACCUAUACCCACAAGCAAUUCAACUCAAACUCUACCAAGCCUUCAUCUUCUCCAUUCCCAUCUUAUUCUCCAUCAUUCUCUUCCUCUUGUUCUAUCUUUUUUACCUUAAGAGAAGAGCCUCUUCUCUCUCCUCUCCUUCUCCAAUGAUUCUUCCUGUUUCCUCGACCCACCAGCCUUCUUCUCAUCUCCCUUCAGUUUGUUUGUUAGAGGUGAAGGUAGAGCUCAAAGAAAAGCUCCAUGUCGUUUUUUACAAUGAAGAACUAGGAACAAGAGAUUCUCUAUGUUGCGUGUGUUUGGGAGAAUUCGAGUUGAAGGAAGAGUUGGUGGAAAUGCCUUCAUGUAAACACAUAUUUCAUCUCGAUUGUAUUCAUCUUUGGCUUUAUUCUCACACCACUUGCCCUCUCUGUCGCUCCUCUGUCUUCAUCUCUUCGACGAAAGCCUCCGUGAACGACGACAACGACCAUCCAGAUUCUCCUCAAACUUCACCGGUUCCAUCCACAUUAUUCUCCCUGUCUUCUUCUACUUCAGCAGAUGUGUUAUUGCUCCUCAUAGAUAGGCAAGCAAUUCACCACAGCGAAGCUCGCCAGCAUCAAUUCAAGGACGAAUCCAUCUCCCCAAGCGUAAAGACCAUAAAGUCCCCAGACGAAAGCGAAGAGAUUCACGACCGCCACAACUGUCACGGGCAAGAACAUGGACGAAGAGGACCCGAAGUCGAAGAUUUCUUGCUCGUACCGCUUCCUCUGUUCCUCAUCAUCGUUGGCUUUACUGGUGACAUUGAACCCUGGAGUGGAGAGGUUUAG